AUGAAGUUUAUGAAGUUGGGAUCAAAGCCUGAUGCAUUUCAAGCUGAAGGCAGCUGUGUAAGGUAUGUGUCAUCUGACCUGGCAACAGAUGUUAUCGUAAUUGUUGGUGAAGUUAAGUUUCAUCUUCACAAGUUUCCUCUCUUGUCCAAGAGCAAUCUCUUACAAAAGCUUGUUUCAAGAGCCAGUGAGGAGAGUUCAAACGAAAUUAAGUUGGCUGAUUUUCCUGGUGGACCAAAAGCAUUUGAAAUGUGUGCUAAAUUCUCUUAUGGAAUGAUAGUUACUCUUAAUCCUUACAAUGUUGUAGCCGCACGUUGUGCUGCAGAGUAUCUUGAGAUGAUUGAAGAUGUUGAGAGAGGAAACCUGAUUUUCAAGAUUGAGGUAUUUCUCAACUCGAGUAUUUUACGAAGUUGGAAAGAUACCAUUAUUGUUCUGCAGACUAGCAAGACUCUUCUUCCAUGGUCUGAGAAUCUAAAGGUGGUAGCCAGAUGCAUAGAUUCCAUUGCAUCGAAAACCUCAGUGGAUCCCUCGAAAGUUACUUGGUCAUACACAUAUAAUCGGAAAUCAGCAACUUCAGAAAAGAUAAUUGAGAAUGUCAUGAAGUUUCCUAAGAAAUUGGAAUCCGUUCCAAAGGAUUGGUGGAUUGAAGAUAUAUGUGAAUUAGACAUUGAUCUGUACAAGCGGGUUAUGACUACUGUGAAAUCUAAAGGUAGAAUGGAUGGAAGUGUUAUUGGGGAAGCACUGAAGACUUAUGCAGUCAGAUGGCUGCCAGAUUCCAUUGAAUCUCUGGCAUCUGAAGCUUACAGAAAGGGUAACAAAUCUUUGGUCGAAACUAUAAUUUGCCUAUUGCCUUCGGACAAAGGCAUUAGCUGUUCUUGUAGUUUCUUGCUAAAAUUACUGAAAGUUGCUAUUCUAGUUGGAGCAGAUGAUUCGUCUAGGGAAGAUUUGAUUGAAAGUAUCAGCUUGAAAUUGGAAGAGGCUUCUGUCAGUGAUCUGUUGAUCCUGUCAAGAUCUCCCCAAAUGACCAUUUAUGAUGUGGAACUUGUCCAGUCUCUUGUGGAUCGAUUUGUGACUCGUUGGAAACGUAAUAUGGAUUCUAAUAUUGGUGAGAAAAACAAAAUGAAAGAGAAUGACUUUGUUUUAGGACAUGGUUCCUGGUUGAACGUAGGAAAAGUUGUUGAUGGUUAUCUUGCAGAAAUUGCUCGGGAUAUAAAUCUCACUGUCUCGAGUUUUAUUGAGCUAUCGCAGUCAAUCCCUGAGUCAGCUAGACCAAUUCAUGAUGGAAUAUACAGUGCCAUUGAUGUCUAUUUGAAGGAACAUCCUAAUCUUACAAAAGCCGAGAGGAAGAAAUUGUGCGGGCUUAUGGACAUUAAGAAAUUGACUACGGAUGCAUCAAUGCACGCUGUACAAAACGAAAAGCUACCUCUUCGUGUUGUUGUGCAAGUCUUAUUUUUCGAACAGGUUAAAUCUGCUGCUGGAAUCCAAGGCAUAAACAACAGUACUGAUGCUGAUGCAUUGGAUACCUCAAUAAGCACUGAGGAAAAUCUAGCUGAAAUGGUGCCAGAACCCCGUAAAUCCCUGAGGAAACAGAUGGACAACAUGAAAAUAAAAGAAGGUGAAUUGCAGAAAAAUGGAAAGUUGACGAAAACAGGUAGUGAAAACAGAGAUCCCGUGCAACUGCCGCCAUCUCGGUCAAGGAAAAUUUUCGAUAAGCUGUGGAUUGUGGGAAAAGGACAUGGAAAUGGAGAGAAUAAGAGUUCUGAUACUUCUGGGAGUUCUCAAAGCCCAACUUCAAUGAUUCAAGUGGAGACAAAAUCCACUUCAAGAGAGAGAAGAUACUCUAUUUCUUAG